AGACAGCUAGAUAAAUACCUAAUUUCGUCAAAUACAAACUCCCCCAUUCAUUAUCAUACAACAAUUCCACAAUCAAUCAAUCAGAUCGAAUCAAUCAAUCAAGGAUGGGUAAGAUUCCGGUGAAGAUGAAGGCGGUGACAUACGCCCUAUCUCCGUUCCAGCAGAAGGUUAUGACCGGUCUCUGGAAUGAUUUCACCCACAAGGUUACCCACAAGGUCACCGAGAACUGGCUCAACGCUCUUCUGCUUGUCGGCCCCGUUGUCGGCGUUCAUACGUAUGUGAAAAGUUACCAGGAAAGAGAGAAGUUGGAGCACAGGUACUAAAUCGUCGUUUGGCCUUGUGAUUGAUAACAGGGGAAGAAUAAUGUGUUGUAGUCAAUGAUGGAUUUGUUUUUCUUGGUUUUAAGAAACACUGUUGGAUAUAUUAAGGUGUUCUUAAGUUGUUUGCUGCAGAUAUCACCUUCUUGAUAAGACAAAUUUUGUUUUUUUAUCUGAUAAUGCCAUUCCUAUGGUUCUGAUUUGUUGUUGAAA